AGAAGAGCCUAGUUAUUUUAGGAAAGCCCAAUUUUCAGUUAUUUGAGGUUGUCCUUGUUUCGCUACUUCUUCCAGGAACAGACCCUUCAAUUAUAGCUCUCUCCAAAUAGAGUUUGGAAAAUAGAAGUCAGAAAUUGUUAACAUUCUCAGAUUCGAUUCAUUACUCUCAUCGAGAAAGAAAAAUGGCUUCAACAUUUAGCGGCGAUGAAACUGCUCCUUUCUUCGGUUUCCUGGGUGCCGCUGCUGCCCUCGUUUUCUCCUGUAUGGGAGCCGCUUAUGGGACCGCGAAAAGUGGGGUUGGUGUGGCGUCGAUGGGUGUGAUGAGACCAGAGCUGGUGAUGAAGUCGAUCGUCCCCGUGGUUAUGGCUGGUGUGCUCGGUAUUUAUGGUUUGAUUAUUGCUGUAAUCAUUAGUACCGGAAUUAACCCAAAGGCUAAAUCUUAUUACCUUUUCGAUGGAUAUGCCCAUCUCUCUUCUGGUCUCGCUUGUGGACUUGCUGGUCUUUCCGCUGGUAUGGCUAUCGGGAUCGUUGGUGAUGCUGGCGUUAGAGCUAAUGCACAACAGCCAAAGCUUUUUGUUGGGAUGAUCCUCAUUCUUAUCUUUGCUGAGGCAUUGGCACUAUAUGGCUUGAUUGUCGGUAUUAUUCUCUCUUCUAGAGCUGGUCAGUCCCGAGCCGAGUGAUGGAAGGCCUAAUGACGACUCGGCGGCUUUUGUGGUUGGCUUUGCUUCCUGAAUAGUUCAAUUCUUUUGCUGGUCAGAAGUAUAUGAGUUUCCCUGGUAAAGUAUUUUCUACAUAAAAUUUCUUGGCUGCCAUGCUAGCCUUUGAGCUUUUCUACAGAGUGAGAAAUUCGAAGGGGCUGAUGAUAGUAGAUUAGAUAUAUAUUAGUUGUUUCAAUAAAAUUUGUAAAACUUCGUUUCAUUUAUAAAGUCGUGUACUUGUAGACUUGCUGCUUUCA